UUUAAAACCAUGGUUCUCCGUCUGAGGUUCCGGCGGGGUUGUUUACGCUGUUUAGGACCCAUAAUGGUGGCCAUAUUUCUGCUAUCAAGUUGUGUGUUCUUUCUUGGUGUACCGUCAAGCUCUUUAGCAGAUAAACUCCAACAGUUUCAACCUGUUGGCAAACCUGGUGCUCAAGAACUUGACAAUAUUCGAAAGCAGGGCUUGAUUUCCGCAGUGGCUAGCCAAAUUCACGCACUCGAAAAGAUUCAAAAUGGUCAAAAGCAGUUGGUGGAAAACGAACGAAAAAAGCGACAAAACUUAAUUGUUGUCGCUCAUGGUCGAUCUGGUUCGAGCUUCACGGGAAAUAUUUUCAAUUACCAUCCGUCCGUAUUUUACUUGUUUGAGCCUUAUCAAACUGUGGAACGCCUCCAUGGAAGAGUAGCGCCUUUUAACAGAGAUUACCAAGAGAAAAGCUUUGAGUGGAUGCAAGGUGUUUUCCGGUGUAAGUUUGUGUCGCCUAAACAUGCUAAGGAUAUCGAGCAUUACUAUCGAACAGUAACAAGAAACUAUCCAAGAGACGAGCAAGCUAGCAUAGCUUUGUCCUCGCCGCCUUUUUGCCGUUACAAUGUUACAGAUCCAAGAUGGAAUAUUAAGGAUUGCCGAGGAGCGUUCGAUCAGAAGACUUUGGAAGAAAUCUGUGAAAAGAAAUAUAGCAUGACUGUUGUGAAAGCUCUCAUGGUGCGAAUGCCAAACAACAGUGUGGGGCAGUUGAUUAAUGUGUGCGAUUCUUCGGAUGAUAUUGAUUGCAAACUGCUAUUUGUGGUCCGAGAUCCACGAGGGAUUGUUCCUUCGUCCAAAGUGGCGAAUUUUUACCGGGAGACGGACAAAAAUGGCCUGACGGGGACGAAGAAGUUCGCAUAUGAGAACUGCAGACAAACUGAAUUUAACCUAAACACCACCAAACAAUUACCUCCGAAGUGGAGAAACCGAGUCAAGUUAUUACGUUUCGAAGAUUUAUCGGCAAAUCCUUCUAAAAUACUUCCAGGUUUAUUGCAGUUUGCUGGUUUACCGAUGGACGAAGCUGUUAGUAACUGGCUUUAUUUAGCGUCGCACAAGCCGGAGACGGAGAGAGAGCAGAAGGCAGCAAAAUGGAGGCAAGAUUCUGCUGAAAGAGCAAACAGAUGGAGAUUAAAAGCUUCACCAGAUGAAAUCAGCAUUGUUGAACGUUAUUGUGGACGCUUGAUGAAAGUUUUGGGAUACAAGCCGCUUGGUAAUUCGUUUGAGCUGCAGAAAAAUCUAAGUGUGGCUCUUUAUAAUGAUAAUUUCGAAGCAGUGAGAUGGUUUGAGUAAGUUUUUAGUAGUUGGGGGUUAAUUUUUGGACCUGAAAUGGUAUUCCAGGAUGCCACAUUCAGCAAGGAGAAUACGGUCGAAGUUUUGUUAGAAACGGAACUUUCAGUGAGUCCAUCGAGAGUUUAAGAACGUUUUUCCACGGUAAAUGGGAAAC